GAGUGAAAGAGUGCAAAGGAAACGAGAGAUUUGUCGCGAUAGGAGAAAUGGCCACCAGGCAGCAGAGGAAGGAGCUCGACGAGGCCGCUCGCCAGGGCGAGACGGUGGUUCCGGGAGGAACGGGUGGGCAGAGCUUGGAAGCGCAGGAGCAUCUUGCUGAAGGUCGGAGCAAGGGAGGCCAGACGAGGAAGGAGCAGCUUGGGACUGAGGGCUACAAGGAAAUGGGGAAGAAAGGCGGGCUCACCACCACAGAGAAGUCGGCCGAUGAGCGCAUUGCCGACGAGGGCAUCAAAGUCGACGAGUCCAAGUUCAAGACCAAAUCUUAAGUGAAGAUCUCCAUUUCCUUUUCCUUCUGUUGAUCUUAAGUUCAGUGGCUGCUUGUAAACAUUUCCAUUUCCUUCUCCAUGUAAGUAGCUUCAAAAGCUGUUGAUGUGAUCCAAUGUUUCUCGUACCUCAACACAAACUCUCGUGGUUGAAAAGCUCA